AAAGCUUUUCUUUUCUAACUAGUGUAAAUGGAUGAAGAAGUCUGGUACCCAAGAGACACUUGAAGUGGCUUAUCUCUACAGAAUUCGCUGACUCGUCCCCUCUUACUCUUUCUGGCGCUGGAGGAAUAGUUGCGUCGGUGUGUCCAUGUGAUUGCGAGUGAUGAUGUCCCUGUGGGUGUGUAUAUUCCUCCCUGUCCUCUCUGCGGCCCAACGGUCAGAGCCCAUGUUCUCAGCGGUCACAGAGACCAUGCUUCCUCCGGACUAUGACAACAAUCCCACCCAGCUCAACUACGGAGUGGCUGUCACCGACGUAGACAACGAUGGAGACCUUGAGAUGUUUGUAGCCGGGUACAAUGGUCCCAACCUGGUUCUGAAGUACGACAAGCAGAGGAAGAGACUGGUCAACAUUGCUGUUGACAACCGUAGCUCCCCUUUCUAUGCUCUGAGAGAUCGCCAAGGCAAUGCCAUCGGAGUGACAGCCUGCGACAUUGAUGGAGACGGAAGAGAGGAGAUCUAUGUGCUCAAUACCAACAACGCCUUCUCAGGUCGUGCCACCUACUCUGAUAAGCUCUUUAAGUUCCGUAAUGGCCGGUUUGAAGAUCUGUUAAACGAUGAUAUUAACGAACACCGCGAUGUAGCCAACCGCUUGGCUGGACGAUCUGUAGCCUGCGUAGACCGAAAGGGUACAGGUCGUUAUGCCAUCUACAUAGCUAACUAUGCUAGUGGUAACGUGGCUCCCCAUGCCCUGAUAGAAAUGGAUGAAGCUGCCAGUGACCUCUCCCGAGGCAUCAUCGCCCUGUCCAACGUCGCAGAGCAGGCUGGAGUCAACAAGUUCACAGGUGGCCGUGGUGUGGUUGUAGGUCCCAUUGUUAGCCAGUACUUGUCUGAUGUGUUUUGUGAUAACGAGUACGGACCUAACUUCCUGUUUGUAAACAAUGGAGAUGGAACCUUCACUGAUGUGGCUCAGCAGGCAGGUGUGGAAGACCCUAUGCAGCACGGUAGGGGGGUGACUUUGGCUGACUUCAACAGAGACGGAAAGAUGGACAUUGUCUACGGAAACUGGAACGGGCCACAUCGACUCUACCUACAGCUGGGCAACAACCGCAAGCACAGGUUCAAGGACAUAGCGUCUCAGAAGUUCUCCAUGCCGUCUCCGGUGCGUACGGUCAUCGCUGCAGACUUCGACAACGACAACGAACUAGAGGUGUUCUUUAAUAACAUUGCUUACAGAGGGUCGUCAUCCAACAGACUGUUCAGGGUAACUAGGAGAGAACAUGGGGACCCCCAGAUUGAGGAGCUGAAUGUGGGGGAGGCAGCCGAGCCAGAAGGACGAGGAACAGGGGCGGCAGUGACAGACUUUGAUGGAGACGGUCGUCUGGACCUGCUGAUAUCUCAUGGAGAGAGUGCUGCACAGCCUCUCUCUAUCUACAGAGUCAACCAGGGCUCCACUAACUCGUGGCUGCGUGUUAUCCCUCGUACCCAGUACGGGGCAUAUGCCCGGGGGGCUAAGGUGGUGGUCUACACUAAGAGAAGUGGUCCACACACACGCAUCAUCGACGGGGGCUCCGGAUACCUCUGUGAGAUGGAGCCUGUAGCACACUUUGGGCUCGGUAAAGACAUAGCCACUAAUGUUGAGGUGUACUGGCCAGAUGGGAAGUCAAUAGCCAGACCUCUGGAACCAAGUGAGAUCAACUCUGUCCUGGAGAUCCGGUAUCCCAGAGAGGAGGAGGAGGGCACACCUGAAAUAGAGAUAGAGUGUGGCCAAGGGUUUGCUAUGAAUGAGAAUGGCCGGUGCACAGCUCAGGUAGCUUACUUUGGGGGACACGCUCCUCGGGGGUCCGAAGAUGGGCCGGCUUCUCUCUCUGGCUUCUUUCUCUCUCUCUGCUGCCUCUCCUCUCCUCCCGUCUGCAAACCGGACUACUGUAGCUGCUACACACUUCCUCUCCACUUCACUCUGGAACCUUCCCUCCUUCGCUCUCAUCCCUCUCUCUGGGGGAGUGUACAGUGACUCUCGAAAACAAACUGAACAUGAAAGUCUCUUCUCUAUCUUAAUUCCUCUGGAAAAUUAACUGCUCAUGGAAGCAUCCACCAUCUUUUCACUCGUCCUGAAACAAACGGAUCAUAGAACUCACUCCCUCUCUUCACUCUCAAAACGAGCUCUCCAUGAACAUUUCUUAUUCUCUUCACUCCUCUCAUACAUAACAAAUCAUGGACUUCUCUUCCUCCUUUCUUCACUUGUUCAUGGACUUUCAUGGACUUCUGUUUGUCAACACUUAGCUCCCAGCCCCCUCUGAACUGUAGAAUUACACACACACACACACACACUGGGAGCAUGCUGCUGUGAGUUAAGGAGUUAACAACGAGAUGUAGAGUCCUACACACCACCUCAUCAGCUGGACUAGCCUUGGACUUCAGUGUGUCUGCGUCUAUAUAUCACACACUAUUCCCUCUAGAAUGCACCGGUACAUAUCUGGGUCAUGUUCAAAAGGACACACCAUAGAAUAACGUUUCCAUAUAUUAAUACCUCUGCAUUUCACUCUGUUCCAAAACAUUUAUUUCGUGCCUAUUGAACAUAAUAUAUGCCAUUUAGCAGACGCUUUUAUUCAAAGCGACUUAGUCAUGCAUGCAUACAUUUUACAUAUGGUGGUCCCAGGAAUCAAACCCACUACCCUGGCGUUACAAGCGCCAUGCUUUACCGACUGAGCUACAGAAGACCCUGCUUUGGGUUUCCCAUGAUGGAAGAAAGGUCAUGUCUGCUUUAUUUGAUACACAAAGGACAUGAUCUUCAUCAUGUUUUUGACAUUAGCAUUGGAUGAUUCUUGAUAGAUGCUUUUCAUGAAAACAUAUGACAUAACAAAUACAUAUCUAAACACAUAUCACACAGUCAUACCCAACCUUUAAUGCCAAACAGUGUUCUUCAAUCCUGCUUCUAGGGUUCCACAAGACUUUUCUUCCGUCCCAGCACAUACAUACUGUACCUGAUUCAAACUCAGUUGAUCAGAUGAAUCUGGAAUGUUAACGUUGUGCUGGAACAAAAUCCUGCACGACAUUUAGAUCCCCAGGACAAGCACUGAAGAACACUGAUGUAAAAUGAUGCUCCCGGUACCUCAAACCAGGCUUUCCACCAAAUGUUGCAUUGCCUCCUUACUGUAAAUAAAUGAUGAUGAUGAUGAUGUAUAAAUUAUGAUGUUCAACCUGUUUUCAAGUUAAUUG